AUGAAGCCUGGUAAGCACCUGUUGAUCCAAGUUCCGCGCGAGAGCUCUGAGGACGCGCUGCUCCGCGUGGGCGCUGGCGCGCAGCGCGAGGGUGGACAAUGCGCAGACAUGUAUUUCCAAGAGCUGAACAUCAGGCGCGCGGGCGGAUGCGAAGCAGACCGGCGGCUUCCACUACCGCGCCCAAGACGUCGACUGCAAGCCCCCUCAGCGGGCGCACUUCGUGAACGCGCAGCUGAAGGUCUCCCGCUGAAGGUCUCCCGCGGGCGCACGCAGCAGGGGGUCAAGCACCUGGGCGUCUGCGUCAAGGACCUCUCGCGCACGGGGCGCGCCGCCGGAGCCUUGCUGGGAGACGACGACCACGCAGAGGCGUCGGCCCCCCUGGCGGGGCGCGCCCGCCGCAUGGCCCUCCUCCGCAUGGACUCGCCCGUCGCUCUCUGA